CCCUACCCGACUUGAAAAUUGAAACGUCAAAGUUGGUCCUUUCUGCGACUCAAAAAGUCACAGGCCCAGCGAAGGCACGAACCUGAACCCUACUCUCCUUCCCUCCCUCUCGGUUCUCCCUGUCCAACCCCGUUCUGCUCUUCCCGUCGGCGCCUCCGUAGCUCCCCGCGCCGUAGUUUCCGGUGCUCCCCCUGUAGCCAACUCUGUCGAUUCCUUUUCUGCCCGGUGAACACUGAAAGCUGAAAUGGAAAUUGAAUCAAGUUCGAAGACACCCGAGGAAGGCUCGUCGAUGCAAAUGGAUUUCAAGGAACCGUUGAAGUCCGAAACAGAAGAUAAGGAAAAGGAGGAACUUGCUAAGUCAAUGAGAAGCCUACAGAUUGAGGAAUCCUCAUCCGGGCAGGCAGGAAUUUCGUCAAUUAAUUUCAAGAGAAAACCGGUUAUUGUUAUUGUUGUUGGAAUGGCAGGGAGUGGCAAAACAACAUUUCUCCAUCGGUUAGUUUGCCAUACACAAGCUUCAAAAAUUCGGGGUUAUGUUAUGAAUCUUGACCCAGCUGUUUUAACCCUUCCAUUUGGCGCAAACAUUGAUAUAAGAGACACUGUUCGAUACAAAGAAGUCAUGAAGCAGUUCAAUCUUGGCCCUAAUGGAGGAAUACUGACAUCACUUAACUUGUUUACAACAAAGUUUGAUGAGGUUAUUUCAGUUAUUGAGAGGCGAGCAGAUCAGCUCGAUUAUGUUCUUGUUGACACUCCUGGCCAAAUAGAGAUAUUCACUUGGUCUGCUUCUGGGGCGAUAAUUACUGAAGCUUUUGCUUCAACCUUUCCCACUGUGAUUGCUUAUGUAGUUGACACGCCUCGUUCAGAAAGCCCAGGUACUUUCAUGAGCAAUAUGCUUUAUGCUUGUAGUAUCCUCUACAAGACACGGUUGCCUCUGGUUUUGGCGUUCAACAAAACUGACGUGGCACAGCAUCAAUUUGCUCUGGAGUGGAUGAAAGAUUUUGAGGUAUUUCAUGCAGCUUUAGAAUCAGAUCAAUCAUACACAUCAACUCUUGCAAGGAGCCUCUCUCUUGCUUUGGAAGACUUCUAUAAGAAUCUACGAUCUGUUGGAGUGUCUGCUAUUUCUGGUUCUGGAAUGGAGGCAUUUUUUAAGGCUGUUGAAGAAAGUGCUGACGAAUACAUGGAAAAUUAUAAGGCUGAUCUUGACAAGAGACGAGCAGAAAAGCAACGUUUGGAGGAAGAGCACAGGCGGGAAAACAUGGAAAAGCUGAGGAAGGACAUGGAGAAAUCCGGGGGAGAAACUGUGGUCUUGAGCACCGGUUUGAAGGACAAAGUGGCCACUAGCAAGGACAUAAUGGACGAGGAAUAUGAAGAGGAGGAAGACGGGGAGGAUGAUGAUGUCAGGUUUUCUGAGGAGGAAGAUGUUAUAGAUGAGGAUGAAGAUGAAGAAGUUGCCAGCUUCUCUUUUUAACUCUGCUUUUCUAGGAUGAUUUUCCUGAAACAAGGCCUUGUAUAGCAUGUUUAUUGCUAAUCGAAGUACCCAUGGAACAGGCAUGAUCGUUUGUGUUAGGUGUUCCUCCUGGGUGCCGUUUGUGCAUGCCUGCAUAGAAAACCUUUGCUAUAGGUGAGUAAAUUUUCUUUUUGCCAUUUAACAGCUGUUGGAGUUGAUGACCGACAGUUUUAUCUUUGCUCUCAACCUUUACUGCACAAAUUGUUGCUUGAUAAAACCUAUGGUUGUGUUUUGGUUACCA